CGCUCGGCGGGCGGGGUUUCCGCUUCCGGCGCGGCGGGCGGGGUUUCCGCUUCCGGCCGUGGACGCUGGGCGCGCCGUCGGGAGCAUGGACGCGUUAGUUGCUCGGUGCUCGGCGCGGCUGCAGCAGCAGGAAAAAGAAAUUAAGUCUUUGACUGCUGAGAUCGACCGGUUGAAAAACGGUGACUGUUUAGAGACAUCUGUAAAUUUGGAGAAAUUGCAAGAAGAAAAUUUAAAAUUAAAGUAUCGGCUGAAUAUACUUCAAAAGAGCCUUCAGGCAGAAAGGAGCCGGCCCACUAAGAGCAUGAUCAACAUCAACAGCCGCCUGCAGGACGUCUUCAGAUGCGCCAUCAGGGCCGCGUACCCAGACCUGGACAACCCCCCUCUCAUCGUGACGCCCAGCCAGCAGCCCAAGUUUGGAGACUACCAGUGCAACAGCGCCAUGGGCAUCUCCCAGAUGCUCAAAGCCAAGGAACAGAAAGUAAAUCCAAGAGAAAUUGCCCAGAACAUUACCAAGCACCUGCCAGAAGAUGAGUGCAUUGAGAACGUCGAGAUCGCUGGUCCUGGUUUCAUUAACAUCCACCUGAGGAGGGACUUUGUGUCGGAGCGGCUGACAGAGCUGCUGGUGAACGGGGUUCACCUGCCGCCCCUGGGGAAGAACAAAAAGGUCGUGGUGGACUUCUCCUCUCCCAACAUAGCCAAGGAGAUGCACGUGGGCCACCUGCGGUCCACCAUCAUCGGCGAGAGCGUGUGCCGCCUCUUCGAGUUUGCGGGCUACGACGUGCUGAGGUUGAACCACGUGGGAGACUGGGGGACCCAGUUUGGCAUGCUCAUAGCCCACCUGCAAGAUAAGUUCCCGGACUAUCUGACGGUUUCGCCUCCCAUUGGAGAUCUUCAGGCCUUCUACAAGGAGUCCAAGAAGAGGUUUGACGGCGAGGAGGACUUCAAGAAGCGAGCGUACCAGUGCGUGGUUCUGCUGCAGAGUAAAGACCCGGACAUCCUCAAAGCCUGGCAGCUCAUCUGUGACGUGUCCCGUCAGGAAUUUAAUAAAAUCUACGAUGCACUGGACAUCUCCUUAAUAGAGAGGGGAGAGUCCUUUUAUCAAGACAGGAUGCCGGCUGUUGUCAAGGAGUUCGAGGAUAAAGGCUUUGUGCAGGUGGACGAGGGCAGGAAGAUCGUGUUUGUCCCUGGCUGCUCGGUCCCCCUGACCGUGGUGAAGUCAGAUGGAGGCUACACCUACGACACGUCGGACCUGGCGGCCAUCAAGCAGCGGCUGCUGGAGGAGAAGGCAGACAUGGUCAUCUACGUGGUGGACAGCGGGCAGGCCGUGCACUUCCAGGCCGUGUUCGCUGCCGCCCAGAUGAUCGGCUGGUACGACCCGCAGGUGACCCGCGUGACCACCGGCUUCGGCGUGGUGCUGGGCGAGGACAAGAAGAAGUUCAAGACCCGCUCCGGGGAGACGGUGCGGCUCGUGGACCUCCUGGAGGAGGGGCUGCGGCGCUCCAUGGACAAGCUCAAGGAGAAGGAGCGCGACAAGGUCCUGAGCGCCGAGGAGCUGCGUGCCGCGCAGAGGUCGGUGGCGUACGGCUGCAUCAAGUACGCGGACCUGUCCCACAACCGCCUCAACGACUACGUCUUCUCCUUCGUCAAGAUGCUGGACGACCGCGGCAACACGGCCGCCUACCUGCUCUACGCCUUCACGCGCAUCAGGUCCAUCGCGCGUCUGGCCAGCGUGGACGAGCGCGCGCUGGCGCAGGCGGCCCGGGAGACGCGGAUCCGCCUGGAGCACGAGAAGGAGUGGCGGCUGGGCCGCUGCAUCCUGCGCUUCCCCGAGGUCCUGCACAAGACGCUGGACGACCUGCUGCUGCACUCGCUCUGCGACUACAUCUACGAGCUGGCCACGGCCUUCACCGACUUCUACGACAGCUGCUACUGCGUGGAGAAGGACCGGCAGACGGGCGCCGUGCUCAAGGUGAAGUGGCGGCUGCUGCUGUGCGAGGCCACGGCGGCCGUCAUGGCCAAGGGCUUCAGCAUCCUGGGCAUCGAGCCCGUGCAGAAGAUGUGAGCGCGCGGAGCGGCCUGCGCCCCCCCCCCACCCCCC